CAGCAUCCACACACACGCGCGCGCGCGCGCACCCAGACAGAAAUGUGAGUUGUUGAGUUGAUGUGUUGAGAUGAUCGUCAUGUUUCCCGGUGUCGUCUAUGCACUGCUGGCCGGGUUCCUCGGUGCCGUGGCGAGCUCGUCCGCCAAACUGUCUCUCGGUACCGAUUAUCUGAAGGGCGUGUGUGAGACGGGUCUGCGGACGUGGGGUGAGCAGAGGAGAUUCACACAAGACAACGAGACCACCGCCUGUGACUGGUUACACAUCCCACUCAGACUGUUGUGUGGAGGUCUGUUGUUCACCUGUAAUGCUGUGAUGUGGACGUUCCUGGCGAAGGCUCUCCGUAGCUCCUGUUCAUCUACCCACACCACUGUGACCACAACGGCAUCCAACUUUAUCUCAUCUGCAUUUCUGGGGCAGCUAAUAUUUGGAGAGACCCACAUUGCUCUGUGGUGGGUGGGCAUUUCACUAACUCUCUCUGGUCUUCUGGUGCUACAUCACAAUUCUCCACAUCUCACCCAAUCACACGCCAACAAGAGAGACGAAUGAUGCAAACAUGUCAACAGAUGACACAAUGCCUGUAGAGGAGCGUUUAUCAGAUUAAUAGUCCGAUGGAUUUUAUAAACAUAUCAGAUAUAACUCCAGGUAAAAGUAGCAUUAACCACAACAACAUUAUUUAACUUACUGAACUGUUUAUGUCAGAUUUAGGUUUUUUAAUUGUUUUAGUUCAAUGCACCAAAGUUGCUCAAUAUAUUUAAGGUUAAAUUUAAAGAUUGAGAGUUCUGUAUCACACAUGUAAAAAAUCUCAUCUCAUGCCAAAGACAAAUAUAUUGAAUCAACUGGUGCAGUAAAAUAGAUCAGAGGAAUCUCAUGAAAACUUUGUCUCAUAUUUCAGCCCAACAUCAAAGAAAUUAUAUUUUGCAUAAAAAUAGUCUAUUUUAGCAUCAUUAAAAUAUAUAAUGAAGCACAUUAACAUGCAUUCUUGUCAUGCAAAAAAAUGAUCUUAUCACUGUAAUGCAUGUUUCACUAUAAUGAGCUUAAUAGUCAUAAAAACAAUGUCACUGCAAGUAAUGCAUUAAUGCUGCAAAAUGUAAACAUAUAUAGGUGGUUUCCCGGACAGGGUUUAGAUGUGUUAAGAUGUCAGUGCAUGGUGUUUUUAAAUGAAAGCAGCUCAAACAUGCAUUUUAUUCUAGGACUAAAAGCCCUGUCGGGGAACACCACCCCAUAGUUUUGAUUUUGGGUUAAAAUAUCCAACCUGGUGAGAUUUCAAAAAGACGACAAAGUUUUUCUCUCUAAAGUAAGUCAUAAUCGAUUUGACAAGAAAUUUGGUAAUAUAUAGAAAUGAAAGCUAAAUAUUCAGUCUGGCUAUUUUGAUAUUUUAUAGCCUUCAUGACAUCACUUCCUGUCACUUGUGCCUGAGUUUCCCCCGAGCAGAAAUGAGAAAACAUCACAUAGACUCAUGAAGUGAAUGUUCUUCAACACUGUGAUCUGUGUGUGUUUGUGUGGAGGGAGACGGCGCAAUAAUAACAACAAACCUCUCCAACUGUUGCAAUAUCACAUGAGACGAUGCUUUUUCAGAUAUAGCUCUCAUAUCUUAUGCAUGCAGGCAUCGAGUGAUGUGAUAUGAGACACUUUCUGUAGCUGUAUGAGUGAACACAAACCAAAAUCUCUUCUUCAGCCUCAUCUACAGACGCGAGAUGUUAGAUAAAAACUGCUCGUAUCAUCUUAGAGUCAACAUUUACUUCUGUAAAUAGACACAAACAUCAGAUUCAAUAAGAGAAAAUGUGUGUGUCAUCAGAAUAAGUGCUAAGUGCAUUUAUUAUAGCAUGUCCAAAAUGACCCUAUUUGGGUGGGAGCAAAAACGCGUUUUCUCAAGUUAACUCGUCAAUUAAGAGAAAAUGCUUCGUUGCCAGUGACGAGUUUAAACCAUAUUUAAGAGGCGGUUAAAAAAUUAAAUAAAGGUAGGAUGAAACUUUUUUAUUUAAAGCAGAUAUAUUGUAUGUUUAUAUAUUUAAAGAAGAUAAUUUUCUGGAAGGUAUUAAACUUUUGUAAAAAUCAUAAAAAAGGAUGGCGCUGGCUGGCAACUUAUUUUAAAAUGCUGGUGGGGAAAGAGUUAAAUGCAAAUGAGCUCCAGCUCCUAACUUCCUUACAAACAGUGCUUUCAGUUCAAAUUGAUCUGAUCACAACUCGCUGAGGGUGGAAACUAUGGUAAUGCAGGGCUGUAAGUGGGCGGGGCUUUAUCAAUGUGACCUCACAUUAAUAAGCGAAUCAAAACGGCAUGUCUAAUGAGACUGCUUUGGUUUAAUGGGGAUUAAAAAACAAGGAGCGGGUGGAUUUUUUCCAUUGUAGGGUGAUUUAUGACAUUUAUGGAUUUGGCAUAAUAGGUGCGCUUUAACAGGAAUAAUGUUGACUUUAAAAACUAUGGGUGGAGUUAAAGGAGGUGUCUGUCUUAAUGGAGAAGGCUGAAGGAUGAGGUCAUGAUGUUUUUUAUUUGUUUACUUACUGUGACUUCUUGUUCUUCCUGUGUUCUGCUGGGUCUCCACUUGAAUCAAUACUGUAGUUGCAUGAACUCAAGAGACUCAUAGAGCAGCUAAAUGGUAGAUCUUGUGAAAUAAAUGGACUAACAUGCGUCGCAUGAAAGUGUAGACAUAAUGCAAAACACUUCCUGAAUCUAUUGUAAUGUGUCAGCAUUAAGUCCCAGGCAAUGUGAAGUUCAUCCUGCUGUGUUUUUAUUAUUAUAAACACAUUAUAUCCAAAUACAGUUUCUCAUGUUACAUAAGGGCGUAUCUGACAAUGAAUAUCAAAUGCAUUGUUAUAAAAAAUAACCAAUGUGUAAUAAAACUACACACUGUAUGACA